UUUUUUCUGUGUCUGUGUGUUUGAGGUUGACAAGGCAGACUGGGACCAGUAGACUGCAGUCAGAGACAGAGGGGGACAGAAACUCCAAUACGAAAGGCAGAGAAGAGUUUAGAAAAUAAGACCACAGGAGCUUUAGUAAUCCUACGGGAGAAUAAAACUGAUUCUGUAGUGUAGUACAGUCAGUGUUAGUGAUGGCUGGAGUAUGGCGAUUCAUGUUGGCAGCGGUGGCGUUGAUGUGCGUGUGCCUGUGGGGUUCCACUGAGGCUGUGGGGGGGGCUGUAAGUCGACCGCGACCCCAAAGACGACCUCCAAAGAAGACCAAAGUCGACCCUAUUGACGUGAUCCCAUCAGCGCAGAACAUAGACAUACAGCGGAUGACAGGAAUAUGGUACCUGCUGAACACUGCCUCUAAAUGCUCCUACCUGAUAAAUCAUGGAACCAGGGUCGAGCCUACGGUCAUGAACCUCACACGCUCCUCUGACUCUGACCAAAUACUGUCUGUUAGCACUAAAACGCGACAUAAUCACAUGUGUUGGGAGAUACUGCAGGUCUACCAUGUAUCACCAACCCCAAGCCGGCUAACACUUAAAGGAGCUCGCCCAGAACUGAACACUGAGAUAGUGAUCGGGGAGACGGACUACGACUCCUAUGCCAUCAUGUACUACCACAAACUGGGCAAGAUCACCAUGAAACUCUAUAGCAGGACUGUAGACGAUCUCUCUGAGCCAAUGUUGACCAAGUUUGAGCAGCUGGCAGCCAAACAAAAUUUGGGGCUGGCAUUCCUUUUUCCCUUCCCCACCUACAGCCACUGUGGUGCCGUGGACCAGGACCAUGUGAUCAACUGUGUCCCUACAUGCUGAGGAGGCAGAGCCGCGCUGAAGACAGACUCGGCCUCGCAGUGUUCGGCAAUUCUCACCAAAAUAUCUGAAUGUUGUGUCAUAAGUCCGACAUUUACAUGUUGUAAAACUGUACACUUUAAAUGUUAUCAGUUGCAGAUGAAUAAAACAAAAUGGAGCACUACCAA